CAUAAGUUUUUGUAGGCAGUUCACGUUUCAUAUUUUCUCAGUUUAAUAUGUCAGAUCAGAAGACCAACAACAAUAUCAAGUUUUGGGUUAUAGUAUCUGAUGAACACCCGGAUCAAAAAUUUAUACUACAGGAUAAUGAACCUUUAAUGUUGGGAAAAAAACAACAAACGGGAAUAGUCAAUUAUAGAAUGUCGAAAAAUCAAAUGAAAAUUGUAGCUGACUAUUCUAAAUUUCGAGUAUGGGUUCAACAAUUAGGUAAAAGUAGGUCAGCUGUUAAUAAUCAAACUAUGAUGAAAGGAGAAAAAAGAAUCUUAAAUCACGGAGACAAAAUAACAUUGUUGUAUAAAACCAAUCACAUUUAUCAUUUGGAUUUUAUAACACCUACUUAUGGUAUAGACUACAACCAAAGAAACACUUUUUGUUUAAAUAAAGAAAUUAUGUCUAAAACACCUCCCUCAAAUCCUACAUUGAUAUGGGAUGAUAGAGAUGGUACAUUGUUAGUUUUUAACAGUCCAAAUAUUGUUCAUAAAGAUAAGAUAGCGUCAUUUGAUAUGGACGGAAUGCUUAGUGUUGCUCUGUCUGGCAAAGUUAUUCCUGAUGAUGARGAUGUUUGGAAAAUGUGUUGCCCUGAAGUUACUAGAUCUAUUAAAAAAUUGUCUGAUGACGGUUACAAAAUAGUGAUAUUUACUUAUCAAGGAGAUAUUUUUGGUGAUAUAGAAAAGGAAUAUGCGUUAAAAAAAAAAAUUGAAAAUAUCCCUAAAUUGAUUAAAACACCAGUUCAAGUAUUUAUAGCUUCUCAAAAAGAUAUAUACAAUAAACCUGCACCAGGAAUGUGGAAUAUUUUAGUCUCUGACUUUAAUGGAGGUGUAUCUGUUGACAUCGAAAAUAGUUUUUUUUGUGGUGGGGCAGCUGGUCGGCCUGCUCGUUUCGAUUCUGAUGGUAAACCAAUAAAAAAAGACCAUUCAUGUUGUGACCGUUUAUUUGCCAUAAAUAUAGGUCUCAAAUUUUAUACUCCUGAAGAAUACUUUUGGAAAAAAUCUACUGCAGAAGUUUUUGCAUUACCWGCGUUCAAUCCAAAUGACGUUCUGUCAAAUAUUCUUUACACAAAUUUAUCAUCCACUGUUUUGUUUUCAUCACAUAAAGAAAUGAUCAUAAUGGUUGGUUGUCCUGGUUCAGGAAAAAGUUAUUUUGCGGUUAAUAAAUUAUUCUGUCACGAUCGUAUGAAAAUAAUUAACAGAGAUACACUAGGCUCGUGGCAAAAGUGUAUUGCUAAGACUACCAAGUACUUGAGUAAUGGUAGUGUGAGUGUAGUGAUUGAUAAUACAAAUCCGGAUGUAGRAUCAAGAAAGCAGUUCAUUGACGUAGCUAAAAAUUUAAAAAUCCCAUGUCGAGUGUUUUUAAUGAAAGUUUCCAAGGAACACGCAAAACAUAAUAUCAAAUUUCGAGAAUUAACUGAUACAUCACACCCUAAAGUAUCGGGAAAGGCAAUUGAUUUAUACUUGUAA